UUAACUGAAAAUCCUAAAACAAGUAGAAAUCUUCAACCACAGUUGAACAAAAAAAACAAAGCAAUCUUCAACCAUAAGAAUCUAAUUUCUAAUUUCUUUCAAACAAACAAAUAUUUAUAAUUAUAUAUAAUAUUUCAUUAAUCACACGCAUUUAGCGGAGUAAAACCAAAUCUUCUAUAAUUAAAUUAAAGAUAUAUUCCCUUCUUUAUCAGAUUUAUUUUAUUUUUGAGCCGAAAUUUCUUAAUUACACCAUUACUUAUGAAUCUUUUUUCCAAUUUUUGUUUCUCGCUUGUUUUUGUUAACGAAUCAUUUUCGGAUGAAAUUUGUUACGAUUCACUAAUCAGAUAAAUCCAAUGAUUUCGGAAAUCAAGAAUCUUUUUAUAAAAUAUCUCAUGUUCAUAGCCUCAUAGGUUUUUGGGGUUUUCUUACAUCGUUCCCUGCCAACUUUGAAGAAGGUUUCCUUAAGAUUUUCAAGGUUUAGAGGAUUUGUGAUUGCCCGAUGAGUAAUCCAGAGGAUAUCCCUAGCAGGCUCGAGGGCAAGAAUGCAGCACGACUUGUGUGUUGUUUCCUUGGAGUAGGGUCUCUCGUGGCAUGGAAUGCAAUGCUGACCAUCACUGAUUACUAUUAUCAAAUUUUCCCGAAAUAUCAUCCUUCGAGGGUGCUAACAAUAGUUUACCAAUUGGUUGCGAAUGUGUUUAUAAUAACACUUGCUACUAAAGAAGCUAAGCUCAAUACUCGACUUCGUAACAUUUUGGGGUACAGCAUUUAUACCGUUAGUACCUUUUGUCUCAUCAUUUUGGAUCUUGCUUCGCAUGGCAGUGGAAGCGUAGUAGCAUAUGUGGUGUUAUGUUUGAUAGUUGCUCUUUUCGGGCUCGCUGAUGCUUUUGUACAAGGUGCAAUGGUUGGAGAUUUGUCCUUCAUGUGCCCCGACUUCAUCCAGGCGUUCAUGGCUGGUUUAGGCAUAGCUGGAGCUCUAACAUCUGGAUUAAGGCUUAUUACGAAAGCAAUCUUCGACAAAUCGCCUGAUGGUCUUCGAAAAGGCGCUUUGUUGUUCAUAGGAAUAGCAACAUUGAUUGAGUUAGCCUGUGUCUUUUUAUAUACAUUAGUCUUUGCUAAACUCCCUAUCGUGAAAUACUACCGCACCAAAGCUGCGAAAGAAGGAGCCAAAACCGUUUCUGCGGAUCUGGCCGCAGCUGGCCUCCAAGAGCAAGCUGAACAGGUUCACCAAAUGGACGAGUCCAAGAUCCAAAAACUAACCAAGAAGCAGUUACUUCGGCAAAACAUAGAUCUUGGAAUAAAUCUAUCCUUGAUUUACGUGGUGACACUAUCGAUCUUCCCAGGAUUUCUUUACGAGAACACAGGAGAACAUCGAUUGGGCGAUUGGUAUGCACCGGUUCUAGUAGCCAUGUAUAACGGGUGGGAUGCGAUCUCAAGGUUCAUUCCCUCGAUCAAAGGAUUAGCACUAGAGUCGAGGAAAUGGAUCACGGUCUGCGUUGUGGCACGUUUCUUGCUCGUCCCGGCCUUUUACUUUACCGCUAAAUACGCAGAUCAAGGAUGGAUGCUUUUCCUCACCUCUUUCUUGGGAUUGAGUAACGGUUAUUUAACCGUUUGUAUCUUCAGCACUGCACCAAAGGGUUACAAUGGACCCGAAGCAAAUGCGUUAGGGAAUUUGAUGUGUGUGUUUCUAUUGGGAGGGAUCUUCGCUGGAGUUUGUUUGGGUUGGCUCUGGCUCAUUGGCAACGAUUCUUUUUAAAGAUAUAACUAUUAUUUAUUUUUUGCUGCUUAGUGCAAAAUUAUUAAAUUCAACUCAUUACGUUUAACGGUUUAAUGUGUGUUUUUUUUUUACCGUCUAGAUUUAUUAUUAAUUACAAA